AUGAAGCCUCCUCAUCAAUCUGGCAAGUCGAGACACCGACGCACACACUCCUCGUACAAUCGCUUUGCAGGUUCACUGAACUCGCCAUCGCCAAGGCCCUCGACGCAGGACCAAGAGCCGUCCGUCGUAUCGUGGGAUAACGGCCGCCGUGUUUUGACACCAUACAGAGCAACUCCGAACAACCGCUACGAGAUAGAACCGCUGCGGCCGGUGGCCUCGAGCGUACCGCUUCGCGCCCAUGUCUCGCCCAGCAAAACCGGAGAGGGUUCCAUGACGCGCUUCAUCGAGGUUCCCGACAACGCUCCUCCGCACGCCCAGAGCAGACAGGCUCCAUCCCAGAGCCAACAUGGCAUCAGGGGAACAGGGGCCCAUGACGAUUCUUUGACCCGUUCUCAGGGUAACUACCGAGACCCUUCACUGAGACGCGGCAGCGGUAUGGUUGUCGAAACUCCGAGGGCGAUGCGAAAGGCCAUUGGGGAAAAGAGGAAGAAUGGAGAAUGGGCACCGAACUCGACUCAGGCCUCGGCAAUGGUCCCCACGCCUGCCAACUCCCGCGAUGCCUCCAAGGAGUCGAGAGAUCUUGAGAAAGAGCCCCUUGCAAAGAUCACAGAUUGGGGAAACGCUCCGCAUCGGCCUCAACGAGGAGAUGUCCCACCCUUGGUUGUGCACCAGCCGAUAUCUGUCGAGGGAUCCCCAAAGUGUCAACUGUCGAACCUUGAACGAACUCGCAUUCUCAACAUAUGUAUAAGUUCGCAGAAAGACUACCUCAGUCUGCAGCCGGUCAUGAACCACACAGAGGAAGACUUCUGGCGCGCCAUCAUGCAACGCAUCGAACCCACUUCGCGGGACAAGUUCACCGACUGGAAGCACCUGCGGACCAACACGAAUUCAUGGUGCGACGGACGCCGAAAGGAACUCAGAGAGGGCGCCCUCCCUCCGCCACGCGACGUGCGCCGAGAGCUCGACAUCGCCAUUGACGGAUGGAACAAGAUCUGGGUUCAGCGGUUCACGACCCUGCACAAGGGGUAUUUCGAGACUGCCGUGUGGGCCGCGGUGGAAAGGAAGGUACUCUCGUUUGUGCAAGAGGAGCUCUACGACUGGAUCAACGGCGAGUUGGCGAAGCGCAGAGACGCCAUCGAAACGCGGAGCCGGGCUCGACUGCUCCGGGAGAACAGCACUCGCGAGGACUACAGCAAGACAUUUGAGCUGUUUCACGACAAGGUCAAGUCGGGCGGCCGCGUUGCCUUUGAGAUCCGGGAGUCCGAGGCCAUCAUGUCUCUGAUGGUUGACAUCCAGCCAGGUUUGGAGAAGAUCAUUCGUGGGCACAUGAAGCACAACGACAUCAACAGCGAGGCUGCCCACAAGUCCAUCUCACACUUACAUGACAAUGAAAGCGAGGUUGGCCUACCCCGGGACGACGAGGUUCUGCCCUCCAUCGAAUCCAAUACCCCGGAGCUAUCUCCUCGAAUCCUGCAGCUGCUCCAGAGUUAUAAGGGAAAGUAUCGGGAAGCGCUACGAGACAACGAAGAUAAGAAGCAGGAGAAACUUCACGUCGACGAGACACCCGAUCGGCCAACCAAGAAGCGAAAGACUAACCGAGAGCCCAAGCCUGCGAAGAGCAGCACUCCGAAACCCCGUGUCGAGACUCAGGAAGCUCAGAGUCCUGAAUCAACUUCAAGCUCGUUCUCCUUCUUGCCAUUGAGUGACUUCAUCAACCGCCAUCUAAGCGUGAGAGGAGAAACGCCUAGCUCUCCCCUCAAAGGUCGAUCCAAGACAACUGCUAUUGUAUCGAAUGUCGAAUCCCUGGCUCGUAAAGAGGGUGAACGCAUAUCACCGUCUGGAACAUCGAAGAAGUCGAAAUCGAAGGCGGGAAAGUCGAGCUACGACACCACAGUUGCUGUAACUCCAGUGGCCAAUACGGGCGAACGCAUGUCACCGUCUGGAGUGUCGAAGAAGUCGAAGUCUGGGAAGUCGAGCCAUGACACCGCAAUUGCUUCAUCUCUGGUUAGCAACAAGGGCGAACGCACAUCACCUUUUGAAACAUCGAAAAAGUCGAAGUCUGGGAAGUCGAGCCAGGACACUGCAGUUGCUUCGUCUCUAGCUGGCAAUGAGGGUGAGCCUAAAAAGUCUUCUGGAAAAGCGAAGACGUCGAGCAAUGAAACGCCACCACCGGAACGAAUGGCCUCACUACCGACUCCGAGAGACUCUGGAUUGGUAAAGACGCCGGCUCCGUCACAUCAGCAGCAUGUAUUCGCGAUUCCUCACCGUCCCAACCAAGGGAAUCCAAGUGGACAAAGCGAAUCUCCGCCUCUCUGGCACAAGAAUAGCAAAAGACGCUACAGGAACAACAGCCCACUGAACCAACAAAAUCGGCCGAGCAGUUUGAGCUCGCGCAACUUACAGCCGACGCAUCGGGGCGGGACGGGUCAGCCGGAGGACAGAAACACUGAAUUCCGAACCCAGAUCGAGUCUCCACUGCGAUUUCGGGAGAGCACAGUUGACUUUCAGGCCAUGGCGCCGAGAGCACGCGAAGACAUGCUAUUCCGAGCAAUCAAGACGUUCAUGCACGGAGAACGUCGCGGAUAG